AGACGGUAUACACCAGCAAUAAAAAUAUACCUAUUUAACAUAAGUGUUAGUAACGCAACAGUGAUUAGAGCAUUUAAACAAAUGUUCACGUUCAAUGGUGCGCCUUUGCGCGACGCGUAAAGCGCAAAAGGUUAUUUUGCAGGAAAUCCGAACUGCCACAAUCCAUAAGUAAAUCUAGACACCUGCUGCUGACAUUAUUUAUAUUUUUAUUUUCCUCAUGUGAAUGGUAGUGCGGUGUGAGCUCUUCGCAUUGUAACCCCUGGUGCAUCUAGCAGUUCCUUUUUUUUACAUUUUUACAGUGAUAAAAGCAUCAACAAUAACAAUAAAGAAUGAUGGUUGACUUGGUAUAUGUUAUACUGCCUGUACUUUUCUUCUCACUGCUGACAUGUGCAAGGUUCUUGAGAGAUUACUUCAGAACGGUAUGCCUCGCAUUUCGUUUAAAAGGUCCUCCAGCAUUGCCAAUUUUAGGAAAUGUACUAACCGUUAAGGAUUUUCCAAAGAUGGCCGAAUUGGGGACAAACGCAUCUCAGUUGUAUGGUUCCUUAUUUAGGUGUUGGAUUUCUUUAGCGCCCUUCAUUUGGGUGUAUGAACCGAAUCAUUUAAAAAUCAUACUUGGAAAUAGCAAAAGCUCAAAGAAAAAUGUCUUUUACAGCAUUUUGCAUAAUUUUGUCGGAGCAGGACUAAUAACAAAUAACGGCCACAAAUGGAGGAAAAACAGAAAACAUAUACAACCAUAUUUUCACAUAAACAUUUUGGAAAGUUAUAUUGAUAUAUUUAUGGAAAAUGCACGCAAAUUCACCAGAGACUUUGAUGGCAAUAAAAAAGAUCCUGUCAAUAUUACUUCGUAUAUCAAUAAGUGUGUUUUGAACACGCUUCAUGAAUCGAUUUUGGGCGUUCCGGUAGAUGAAGACUCACCUUACAGGAAGGGGGAAGUUAUGUUGACUCAGAGAAUUGCCAAACCAUGGUUACUUUUAGAGAGUAUAUUCAACCUGACACCUUUUGCGAAAAAAGAGUAUCAUCAAAAAGUUAGCUUACACAAUUACACUAGAAAGGUUUUAGAAAGACGGAAAAUAGAAUACGAUAAAUCAUCUUUAAGAUGUCUUUUAGACAUGUUUAUUGAAAUUGCCGAUAACAACAAAGACUUUUCGGAUGAGGAUAUGAUAAACGAAGGGGUAACGUUUAUGUUAGCGGGUCAAGAUUCUGUAGGUGCUGCAAUAGCUUUCACAUUAUUUUUUCUUGCGAAACAUCCGGAUGUUCAAAGAAAAGUUUACGAGGAAAUAGACAAUUUAAGAACCGGAAGCAUGAUCAGUGUAACUCAGCUCAACAAUAUGAAAUAUCUGGAACAAGUUAUAAAAGAAUCCUUAAGGUUGGUUCCUAGUGUUCCGGUUUUCUCCAGAGUGCUUACUGAGGACGUCAAACUAGAUGAACAUAUACUCGGUAGGGGCACUAAUAUCUUCGUGUCUCCAUUUAUAACUCAUAGACUGCCACACUAUUUCCCAGAUCCAUUGAAAUUUGAUCCAGAUAGGUUCUCACAAGAAAAUAUUGAACGUAUGCAUCCAUAUUCGUUUAUACCAUUCAGCAUCGGACCCAGGAACUGUAUAGGUGAGUAAAUUGCGCUUGAAAGAAUUACCUAACUCCAGUUGUAUUAUCUCCCUCUAAAAUAAUAGAAAUUUGAACCUAACCCCAGUUGUACUAUCUCCUUCUAAAAUAAUAGAAAUUUGAAUAAUGGAGGUAUCCUUUUCGCCAAUAAAAACAAUAAUAAUAAUGAUAUAAUGAGUGGGUAAGCAAGUAUAUGAUGUAACGGCCCAUAGGUGGACCAUUGAUGUUGCAAUUGCAGAUACUAUUGAAAUAUGAUUAGGGAUACAACUAAUCAAUGAACUAUUUGAUGUUCACAUGUAUUAUUAAUUUGUGUACGUCCGGAAGAAAUCCAUUCUUUUAACUUCUUCUUGAAAUUAUUCACAAAGCGUAGAUCCUUUAUAAAGUCAGGUAAAUGUACGUAUAAGUUUGGACCUAAAUAAAGGUAUGUUCGCUCUGUUAUAGAUUUAUUUGGUCUAGGUUCAACUGUUCCUGUCUUGUAUGUUGAUUGUGUUUAAUUUUUUUGUUGUUAUCAAUAAAUUUGUGAUUGUUGGUUAUAGCAUGUAAGAUAUAAAGCUUUUUUAAGUCUUAUACGUGUACAUGUUUGAAUAUCAGUUGAAUAUAAUUUUGAUUUGUUAAAAAAUAUUUUAUUAAUCAUUUUUUUGAAAAAUAUCCAAAUCAUACUUAUGAGUUGAGCAUGCAGCUUCCCAAGCCAAGAUAUCGUAGGUUAAAUGUGUUAAAUCCCACUACUAUAUUUGACCCAAUUAUAAAAUAUCACUACUGUCAAUAGAUGCCUUGGUAGUAAUAAAACAUUCUUGUCGUGAUAGA